AAGUAUGACACCUCCCAACAUGUUUCAUUGCAUAGCAUGUUGGUGUAGGCUACAGCGCUGUUUUCUUCUCAAAUGCAGAUUUAACUAGAUAAACUGACUGGUCUCAUUUACAAACGAAAAAAAGCGGCGAUCGUAAGGAGUUGAAACGAAUUUGACGCAUUGCUAGACAAAACUUGAAAACCGUGUCAUCGAGCAUUUCAUAGGCGCACAAGUCCUUGAUACAACUUCAAACGGAGAUCGGUAAUUCGCUCUCGAAGCUGGCAUCCUCGGACAGUCGGAUGCAGCGAGGAAAAUGCGCGUCUGUCAGCUGGCCUGCGGCUGUGCGCGGCGUUAGAGCAAACGGUGCGCUUCGGGCGAGGUGGCAGCGCUGAAGCCCACAACGGCGCUCAUACGCUGCGGACAAACAUCGUCUCUGCGAAAUACACUACUGCUGGGACAGCUGUAUGCAAUGGCUUUGUAAUUGUAAAACAAACCCAACAGAGGCUUAGAGGAUUUGAGACUGGACUUUUCCCCGCGGGAGAUUAAACAAUGUCCCUGCUAAAGGAAGCGCAAUGAAAUCCAGUCAAUGAUACUUAUGUUUGGGCUCCGUUUUUCCUAAAUUUUACUUUAAUUUCCCGUCAGUCACGGGGGACUCGUGUGAGUAGAUUGUUAACCACAGAAGCCGGAGUCUGUCGAAUACCGGGAAAUUUUCCAGCUCAAAGUUUUCGUGUAAACGCACGUAUUAGGACGAUUAUUUGCGAUAGCAGGAAAGUCGGGGCAUCACCGUCCGGUAAGGUAGGAUCAAAUUCGAACCGAGGCGCAGUAAUGCAUAUGGUCUUAAUUACGAGAUUUUGUCCCUGAAUCGCUGGUCUGCCGCCUUCUCCUCGCAGUUAAUUACAGCGAUGGUGUGCGUGCUUGCGCGACCCUGCAAACCCGCCAAAGUGGAUAUAUAUUGCUAUAUGGAUAUUCAACUAAAAUAAGUUACUGAAAGAAAGUAUCAAAAAUGAGACACCUGUGCUCGAUCCUGCUCCUCCUCUCUCUGCAUCCGGCCACCAGCAACAAAGAGCAGAUUCCAGAGGCGGAGCUUCUAGAAUGGGCGGAGUCAGAUAACGAGGAGAGCCUCUCCCCCGAAACGGCCAGCCCUCGGCUCCGCAACCCUCUGCGGCUGUUUGCACAGGCGUCUCCUGCGCUGAAGAACAUCAGGGAAAUGGCGUAUUUAGGGAACGCGGAGGACGUCUGGGCCUGGUUAUCCAAUCAGACGGCUGCUCAAGAGGCUCGCGCCAGAACUAAACGCAGGCCCAUCGUCAAGACGGGGAAGUUCAAAAAAAUGUUUGGCUGGGGCGACUUCCAUUCCAACAUUAAGACCGUGGAGCUGAACCUGCUGAUCACAGGCAAGAUCGUGGACCACGGCAACGGCACCUUCAGCGUCUACUUCCGGCACAACUCCACCGGCAAGGGCAACGUGUCCGUCAGCCUGGUGCCACCCUCCAAGGUGGUGGAGUUCGAGAUCAGCCAGCAGUCCACGCUAGAGACCAAGGACUCCAAAGCCUUCAACUGCCGCAUCGAGUACGAGAAGACGGACCGGGCCAAGAAGACGGCCAUGUGCAGCUUCGACUCGCCCAGCAUGUGCUACAGGGAGCAGACACAGAGCCACGUCUCCUGGCUCUGCUCAAAGCCCUUCAAGGUCAUCUGCAUCUACAUCGCCUUCUACAGCGUUGACUACAAACUGGUGCAGAAGGUCUGCCCUGACUACAAUUACCACAGCGACACUCCCUACUUCUCCACUGGGUGACAGAAGCUUUGUGAUUGGUUGGUUCUUGGGCAUUGUAGCGACCUGUUCACAUCACCCUUGUCAUGCUCUGUUCAUUUCUCAUGCAGUUAUUACUCUUUCUCCAGAUGUUGGCUAUGGGGGGACCUCAUGGGCACGUAAUCACAGAUGAAUUUAUGGUUUUGUGCUGGUAAACCGGGGAAACAAUAUCAACAUCUGCCACAAACCUAAUUCCACAUCUAAUGGAGCUCAGUCUUUUCUAAAUUUUCUUUUUCAUUUCCUCCUUUUUCACCCAGCAUCAACAGUUGAUAGUUAUACAUGCAAGCUUGUCACCAUAGUGAUGAUAACCACCGGAUCCACCUAGGGGAGUGGGUGAGUUCUGUGCAAUACACAAGUAUGUCUAGCAUACCUACUUUUCACACUACAAGUCCCACAAUGCACCAGGAGGCAAAUGCUGUUGGAAGAUGGGCACUCCUGAUAUCCUCCUGAUGCUAUCUGAGUAAAUCAUAGGUGUCAUGACUGUCAGGGUACUGAGAGCGGAGUGAAGGGCUUUUCCCAGACAGAAUCCCCUGCUAAUACAGCUAUACAUCUGAUAUGUUUGGCAUUUAUUGGCAUUUGGAACAUAAACCAGUAUGUAGAAACCUCUCAGAUAUUUUGUUACAUUUAUGAAUAUUUGUUGAGAUUAUUUAAUUCUGUUUUACGAAGCUGAUUAUUAGUUUGAUGCAGUUUUCUCAGAUUUG